CGUGAGUUAGGUUGCGAACUUUGCUUGGUGAAAACGCAGCGGAUUACGAGGUGAACGUGAAUGUGUGUUAGUGUGUACGUGAAUGUGCGGAUGUGUGUAUGCGUUCCUGUGUCCGUGAAAUUAAUUUUUUAACCGAAAUUCGACAAUUGUGAUUCUGCAAUCUGCCAGCGCGAAUCAGAAACAUCCAAUUACUGAUAAAAACACACAAAAGAUUCCCAAAGAAGACGGCAUAUCAAUGUCGUACAAAAGAAAAUAUUUUUCAUAGCGCAGUGUGAGAUACCCCAUCGAUAGACAGAGCAGCAGGAGAUCGAUAGCAGUAGUCCAAAGAUAAAACGCAAAUCAACCAAAUGGCCACGAACUGCGACUUCAUCGAGCAGCCAGUGAAACAGCAGCCGUUGGCCAAUGCACCAGUCAUGGGCGUCCAGGAGGAUAAGGCACAGGAGCCCAAGGAGUUGCCGGAUGAGCCGGCGAAGCAGCCAGACGGCCAACCAUACCAGCAUUUCGCUGGCGAGGAUAGCUUCGAAUGCGCCUUCGAGUCGACCAUGGACGACCUGGAGCAGGGUGUCCUGGAUGGUUACGAGUCGGACUCGGAGGCGAGUGCCAACGACCAGAUCACUGAUUCCGCCUCCUCUGGCAGCCUGGGCCAAUUGGCCCAGCAGCAGCAGCGCGAGGAGCGAUUGAGGGGCUUGCCGGGUCCACUUCAUGGCCAGCAUAUCGAUUCCGAGAUGCUCAAGUGCAUGCCGCGAUCGAACUCCUUCGACUUUCACAGCAGCAGUGGCAGCAGCUCGGAUGACGAGGAUGAUCCGGAUGAUGACGACGACGAUCAAGUUCACCACAGCCUGGGGCUCAGCCUCAGCGGGAAGUUUGUCAAGGUUGAUCUCUAUUCGGGUCACCAGAGACCCGGCUAUCUGUUACCUCCCUACAUCGAACGACGCCGCUUGUCGCAGUGCAAGGAGGAGGAUGACGAGGAUGAGGGCGACAGGACGCAGCUGGGCGGCGGCUCAUCAUCCACGGGAGAGUCAACCAAAUCCGAAAAAGCUUCGAAGGCGCCACCAAGGCCACCCACGCCACAGGAUGAGGCCUCCAAGGAGAAGUUUAAGGAUCUGGAGCGUCUGCGGCAGCAGUUUAUGCACAAGAUCGAUAGGAUCAAUACGCGAAAUAUCGAGGAGAGUGAGGCACCGCCGCCACCACCUCCUCCGCCGCCUCCCAUACCAGCCACGAUUCUACCAAAGGCGCUAAAGGCGCUACUGCACACCCAGGAACCAGUGGCGCCUCCUUCCCGUCCAUCUCCAGUUGGCCCACCAAGUCCUGCACCCACGUCCAGCGUUAUUGUGGCAAAGGAAACACCGGUUCCUGUAACACCGGAGCCCGUUUCCCCGCUGCCGCUGCCCACGGAGCCGCCGCUGAUUAUCAAGGGCAAAUUUAAGGUGACACUCGCCCAGGAGACACCCGAACUGCGAGUCGAGGCCCAGAAGCUGAGCAAACUGAAUGCCAGCUCGAAUGCCCACACCAUCAGCUUUCCCUCCAGCUUCGGAGGCUACUCCUCGGUGCAGGGACUGUUCUCCCAGCGAUAUGGCUCAAAUCGGUUUCCCACCGCCGCUCCCCACAUGUCCAAGCAGUUCUUCGAGCCAUCGCUGGUGGAGAUUCGCACGCCGGCCCAGAGCAACGUGGCGCUGAAUACAACUGGGCUGGCCAAUAGCAAUCACCAAAGCCUCACUUGUGAUACAAAUAGUUUAGCCAACAAGCCGCGCACGCCCAGCGAACGGGAGCUGGACGAGAUCUGGAUACGGCGGCAGGACGGUGGAUUGAGUGGCACUGCUGCACCAGGCGCACCGGGUGCUCCACUUCCUCUGCUCCAGCAGCAGCAGCAGCAGCAGAGACCCGUCUCCCUGGGUGGGGCGUCUACCAUGCCCCGUUUGCUGAGGAGCGAGAGCAGUGCCUCCACCACAAGUCCAUCCCGCCAGCUCACCAACUCGGGAUCCGUCUCCGUUUCCGUGUCCGAUGAUGAGCAGGAUGGCAGCCUCGGAGGAGCCGGCCGGAUGCCAGGAUCACGACCCUCCAGCGCUCCCGCAGAGCCAAAUGCCAAGGCGGCCAAGAAGGCCUACAAAAAGAUGGAAAAGGAGCAGCGUCGCCAGGAGAAGGAGCAGUCGCGACGGGAAAAGGAGGCCCGCAAGCUGGAGCGCGAGACGGCGAGAAGGAACGAACGCGAGGCGGCCAAGCUGGAGAAGAUCAACAGGCACAGCGAGAAGAUCUCACGCAGCACGGAGCGAAUGGCCAUGGCCGGUGUGGGAUCGCGGUCCGGUUCGCUGGAGCGGAGGCGAAGCGGCGAGGACUCGCCCGUGCUCAAUCAGUCGACGGUGCACGGUAUAGCGUCACCCAACCGAAGGCCAACGAUAUUCGACGUUUUCCGACCGCGUGCGAAAUCCGAUGCGAAGCGGCAGAAGGAGAAGCAUCUGCUGGAUCCCUCGUCCGCCGACAGCAGCGCCACCAGCAGCACCUACUCCGUUUCCGGCGGCACAGGCCCGGCCACGAGCUCGGCAGCAGGUGGAGCAGGAGGAGCGGCGGCAGCAGCAGGACAGGGCGCAGCGGGAGGAGCCGGUGGCCUUAUGAACUCCAUGAAGGUGGCCAUGCAGAACUUUAGCCAUCGCCAGCAUCCCGCCGUGACGAUAACGAGCGCCGACGGCACGCAAUCAACGGCAAAGAGCAAGUACAAAGACGGCAGUGCCCAUCCGCAUCAAGGCAGCGACGCGCAGUAUUACCACACGGUGACGGCGGUGCGUCCAAACUCUUCCCAACGGUCGCCGAUGACCAAGGUCAUGGAUCUGUUCCGGCAUCGAUCCAGCUCGGUUGUCAGCGAAGCCGACAAACGCAAAGCGCGCGCGGCGGCGCAUCAGCAACAGUUGGCUGUGCAAAGUGCUCACAUGCGUCGUGCCUCCGCGGAUUUGGAGAAACGUCGUGCAUCAGUUGGUGCCGCAGGUCGAGGACUGCGAGGGGAUGGUACUUUGGAUCCACACCAUGCAGCCAUCCUCUUCAGAGACUCACGAGGGUUGCCUGUCGCUGAUCCGUUCCUAGAGAAAGUAAAUCUAUCAGAUCUGGAAGAGGACGACUCACAGAUCUUCGUGAAGUUCUUUCGUUUUCACAAGUGCUAUGAUCUGAUACCCACCUCCGCCAAGUUGGUUGUCUUCGACACCCAGCUUCUUGUAAAGAAGGCCUUCUACGCCCUCGUCUACAACGGUGUGCGAGCGGCACCGCUCUGGGAUUCGGAGAAGCAACAGUUCGUGGGCAUGCUAACCAUCACGGACUUUAUCAAGAUCCUGCAAAUGUAUUACAAAUCGCCAAAUGCGUCCAUGGAGCAGCUGGAAGAGCACAAACUGGACACGUGGCGGAGCGUGCUGCACAACCAGGUGAUGCCGUUGGUCAGCAUCGGACCGGAUGCGUCCCUCUACGAUGCCAUCAAAAUUCUCAUCCACAGCCGCAUACAUCGCCUGCCCGUCAUCGAUCCGGCGACCGGCAAUGUCCUCUACAUCCUGACACAUAAACGCAUACUUAGGUUCCUUUUCCUAUACAUUAAUGAAUUACCAAAGCCCGCGUACAUGCAAAAAAGUUUGCGCGAACUGAAGAUUGGCACCUAUAACAACAUCGAGACCGCCGACGAGACGACGAGCAUCAUCACGGCGCUCAAGAAAUUUGUGGAGCGACGAGUCUCAGCCCUGCCACUAGUGGAUUCCGAUGGUCGCCUCGUUGACAUUUACGCAAAGUUUGAUGUGAUUAAUCUCGCCGCCGAGAAAACCUACAACGAUCUCGAUGUUUCGCUGCGCAAAGCCAACGAGCACCGGAACGAGUGGUUCGAGGGCGUGCAGAAGUGCAAUCUGGACGAAUCGCUCUACACGAUCAUGGAACGAAUCGUCCGCGCCGAAGUACAUCGACUGGUGGUGGUCGACGAGAAUCGCAAAGUGAUCGGCAUUAUCUCGCUGUCCGAUAUACUGCUCUACCUCGUCCUGCGACCAAGCGGUGAAGGCGUCGGUGGCUCGGAGAGCUCAUUGCGUGCGUCCGAUCCCGUUCUGCUGCGCAAAGUGGCUGAGGUUGAAAUACCAGCGACAGCCGCAGCGGCGACGACAACAACCCCGCCUCGCAGUCCAUCGGCCGGAUCCGGCAAUCGCAGCCUGAUCGAGGACAUACCCGAAGAGGAGACGGCGCCGGCGAGGAGCGACGAUGCCGACAGUGAUAACAAUAAGUCCGCCAGUGAGGAUAAAGCCAACAAUAACCAGCACGACCAGACGACGACGGCUGCGACAGCUAAUGGUGAUAGCAACAACAGCCCCGUAGAAGUGUCCUUUGCCGAUGAGGCGCAGGAAGAAGAAGCUGCCGACCAGGUCGAGCGCAGCAAUUGUGAUGAUGAUGACCAGCCAGCGUUAGCGGAGAUUGAGCGCAAGAAUGCAUCGAUGGACGACGACGAGGACGAUGGGAUGAGCAGCGCCGUGUCCGCUGCCUCCGCUUUGGGCCAGUCACUGACGCCCGCGGCGCAAGAAAUGGCGUUGGUUAGUGAAUAAACCUAAACCUACACCUUAACACUUAAUUUAAACUUAUGCUAAAGAGAUACAGCUGUUACAGAUACAAAAGAAACAAAAAAAAAAACAAUUGCUAAACAAUAACUAAGAACCCCAAAACACAACAUUAAUGAUAAAGCAGAGAACAUUAUAUUUGAAUAUGAAUAUUUGUUAAGGAUAUUAAUGGGUAAAUGGAGGUUAUAUGAAUAGUAAUGAGAAGCUUAAUAUCGCAUAUUAAUAUCCGCGGACAUUGCAACUUUGAUUGGAGUAAAAAUCUUUUUGGAUUGAGACGUCAACGGUGUGUCACUCUUCUCCAGCAGACUAUUCACAUAGCUCUGGGCUCGACCCUGUUCCAUCUUGAGGAUGUUUAUGGAUUAAAGCCAUCAUGGCUGCUAAUAUUAAAGGAAUUUUCGGUUGUGUGGAUAAAUUCUGAGCAACGCAAAAUAAGCCCUGUAUUUCUUCUGGUUGCAAACUUGUUAAAAUCGUUAUUACCGUACAACCGGACUAGAUAGGUACAAUGAAGGGAUAAUUUCUACUAUAAUUUAAGUCCGAGAUCUCUCAAGGAUGGAGCUGAACUUGAUAAUCGGAAUGAUUAACUUUUUAUUGAUAGGUUUCUUUCCAAAACAAAUUGCACCUUCCAAUUUUUCUUAGUGAUAUAUCGAUGAAUUCUGUGGCAAACAUUGUAUAGGAAUGUAUCAAUAUUCCAACUCAGGGUGAAGGGGCAAAUUCAACCUCGGAUUUGAAACUGAUAACCAGGGAGACAGGUCCUGUCGAACAGUGCAUGGGAUCUCGUAUGAGUAAUCAGUAUGCGUCAUAAUGCAACAUUGUACACAGAUACCAACUUUACAAUCAAGGUAAUUUUCACAUGUUCGAAAGCCUGGGUUGAGUUAAAGAAUGCCUAUAGAAAUGAAAUUCAUUCCUUGGAUAUCUUUCACUGGUCAUCGGGAGGACCAUGGUAAAAAGAGCUGAAGAUAUCCAUAUGUGUUAGGAGUUUGACAUGGGUGCUGUCUAUUGCAUGUGAGUAUGUAUGGGCUGCCAGGAGCUGCGGAUUGACCAACGAUUUAUUUGCCUUGCAUAACACUACAUGUCUUGUUAAGUUUAAGCCUUCUGGAUAUAAUAGAUAUUCUUAAAUAUUCAGGACAAUCAAGGGAAUGGAAGCUGUACAAUAAGACCUUAAGAAUUGGAUUUGAGACCACUUCGCGAUACUCCCGAUGUUUUAACAUCAAUUAUCCACAAAACUGAACAUUUUUCCAAUAUUAGCACCAUGGCCAUAUUUGGUAAUUCCACAGACAUGAAAAUCUUCAAGAGGAAACUGGGUCGAGCCCGGUGUGAUUUUAAAGUUUUUGAGUACACUUGGUAAUGAAAUGAUAAAAGAUGGAAAGUGAAAGAUAUGUCAAGAGUUGUUACCUGUCUAAUGAAAUGAUUACUAGAUUAAACAAUGAGAAAUUUGGAUAUUGAAUUAAUAAUGGUAAAAGGCUUAACAUAAUGAUAGGAUAUAUAAAUUUAUAAUGUAUAAAAAAUCAUAAACUUAGAAAAUAUAAGAGUUACACCAAAGUAAUGAAUGUAUAGAAUACCUAAUGCAAAGAAAGUAAGCAUGAUGGCACAAAGCGGAAAUGAAGAUGUAAAAUAGGCGUUUCUUGAAACAGAGAAUCUAAAUUUUAUUGAAAUUUUUUGUUUGCUUAUUCUAAUAUAUAUUUAUAUAUUAAUACAAUUAUGAUAUUUUAUGUAUUUUAUAACAAGCAACU